GUUGUUCCGCGCAUGCGCACGCUUGAAAAGGAUCCGCUGAGCUGCAGUGAAGACUCAUAUUUAUAUAUCUGAUCAGAUCUAAACGAUUAUAACGCCUUUAUCCAGAGGCGUCAGAACCAUGCACAGCGGUGCGUGGAGUGUCCGGGCACUGUCCUCGGUUCUGUUGCCGCACUGGUUCCGUGACACUGGAGCGCUACCCAAUCAUUUGGGCAUCCUCAGAUCCAUGCGCUUUUUAAGCACAGACACAGCCUCCGCAGCCCUGCCUGCUCAAGCCCGCGUGGUCAUUUGUGGAGGGGGCAUUGUAGGCACGUCUGUGGCUUAUCAUCUGGCCAAGUUGGGCUGGACCGAGAUAGUUCUGCUGGAGCAGGGCAGACUUGGAGCAGGCACAACUCGGUUUUGUGCAGGAAUAGUGAGUGUCGCCAAACCUCUUUCUGUUGAGAGUAAAAUGGCCGAUCACUCAAACGCACUCUAUGAGCGUUUGGAAGCAGAGACGGGUGUUAAAACAGGUUUCAUCCGGACUGGCUCUCUUUGUCUGGCUCAGAAUCAGGAUCGCUUCCUGUCUUUAAAGCGUCUGGCAUCCAGACUGAAGGUUCUUGGUGUGAACUGUAACGUCAUCAAACCCAAAGAUGUGGCGAGGCUCCACCCACUGGUGAAUAUUCAUGAUCUCGUUGGUGCUCUUCACCUGCCGGGAGACGCUGUCGUGUCGCCGCCGGAUGUCAAUCACGCGCUCGCUGUAGCGGCAGCAAGUUAUGGAGUUCAAAUUUACGAACACACAAGUGUGAAUCAUGUCCUGGUGAAGAAGGGUCAUGUUACAGCUGUAGAGACCGACCGGGGAUCCAUAGAGUGUGAAUACUUUGUCAACUGUGCUGGACAGUGGGCGUAUGAGCUUGGUCAGAGUAGUGAGGUCAAAGUGUCGGUGCCGUUACAUGGAUGUGAGCAUUUCUACCUGCUCACUAAACCUCUCUCAGAGCCACUGCAGCCUGACAGCCCAGUGGUGAUAGACAUGGACGGCCGGAUCUAUGCUCGGGCCUGGCAGGGAGGGAUUCUCUCAGGCGGCUUUGAGAAGAACCCUAAACCCAUCUUCACUGAGGGACGCAACCAGCUGGAGAUUCACAACAUGCAGGAAGACUGGGACCACUUCG